AUGGUUGAGCGAGCCAUUGAUGAUUUAGCCCAACGAGCCGAGCACCGGCAGACCGGUUGGGAGGCUGGGCUUGUUUAUCCGCGCGAGCACAACAGCCGAUGUUUAGCUCGGCCAGAGGCCAUGUCGUCCGUUUGGACCGUGAGAGGAGAGGGAGGCCGAGAGCAAGUCCCCCGGGGUCAUAUGCCGGAGCGAGCAGGAGAGUCACGGUUAAGCCUCCUCCUCUUCCUCCUCCUCCACCUUAAGACACAGCAUGUAUCACACAUGCUGCUGCUGCCUCCACAUGUCACAUUCGUCAAGGCGACGCAAGGGCCAAUUAUCCUUCCCCUCACAAAUCCAGACCGUCCCGAGGGGUCACGUAACUACGCCAAAGGUCUUGUCGACCGAGGCGAAGCGCCACCUUCCAGGUUUGUGGUACAGACAACCGAUAGUCGGCCUGUCUACACACGAACGGACGACAAUGGGGAAGGGACGUUGGGAAUCUCCGUUUAUUUACGACAAUCUGCAUGUUUCUGCGUGCACAUGAGCCGACGAAGCCGGCCCAUUAACGGGAACACCAGACGCUCUCGCAGACUGGCCCAGGCUCGGGGGUUGCGGAGCAGUGUGAUUCGCCGGCCAAGUAGCCGGGACAACUGUCGAGACGAGCAAUCGGGUGCAGGCGAAAGUACCAAUUCCUCCACCAACCACUUGAUAGGCCUGCAGAUGCUACACCACAUCAAGCUUGGCUUGUCAGUCGUCAAGGCAGAUUGA